UAUAUGUAUGUAUGUAUGUGUGCGUGUGUGUGUCAGAGGCAGGACUUCGCCUUGGAUGUGAAUGACUGGGCUCCUCUACCCGGCCUGUCUGGGGAUAGUGGCUUCAUUGUUGGGCUGCUAGCUUGCAGGCUGCGGGCUGCUGGAGAGCCCAGGGAGGACGUCGCAUUCCCGGGGACGGUCUGCCAGAGCAGUCAUGGCGGAACUUUGUGAAAAUGAAGUUAUCGACUGGGAAGAGAGAUGUAUAACGCUGGAAGGCCAACUCAUGAAGUUUCGAAUACAGGCAAACCGCAUCAGAGAGUUAUUGGCAGAAAAGAUGCAGCAGCUGGAGAGACAAGUCAUUGAUGCGAAUCGGAGAGCGGAGAAGGCGUAUGAACAGGUUCAAGUAAUGGAGGAAAGUCUCAAAGCGGCCAACAUACAAACCAGUGAAUCUGAGACGAGAUGGUACAAGAAGAGUCAAGAGUUGGAGAUUUUGGUUCAAGAGAAAGAAGACAUUAUUCAGUGUUUAGAACAUGAGCUUGAUGAGCAGAGACAAAUACGGAUCCAAGAAGCAAAAAUGAUAGAAGACAAAGCAGCAAAAAUUAAAGACUGGGUAUCGGGGAAGCUGAGGGAGUUGGAAAUCGAGAAUCAAAAUCUCAGACUACUUAACAAAAGUUACAACGAAGAGAUUCUCGCUCUACGUUCUAAACUACAAGAGUGUAAAGCCAAGAAAUCUUCCAUCUGCCCGAUGCAAAAACCCGCAGAAGGUCAACGACUAAGCAGCUUAACCUUUGGAUGCUUUCAAAACAGAGCAAAAAGCCCACAGCCAGACCCCCAAACAGAAGAAAGCAACAAGUCCUCAAAUGAAGCACCAGUCUUUAAUGGAGAGCACAAUAUGAAGGAGAAGACCUCUGAUGGCCACCUUUAUGAUGGUCUUGAGGGACAACCAUCUUUACUACGAAAUAUCACCAAUUUCGAAAGACUUAACAAGAGGCAUCAGGGAGUAGACCUCCCAAGCAUUACUGUGAGUGACUGGAGCUCUGACGAGGAAGUAAAGAAACCCCAAGUCAAUGCUAGGUGUGUGUCUUCACUGUCUAGCCAAACCUCAGAAGAAGGCAAUCGAAACAGCAGAUUGGGGAGCGAGAUGUAUCUAACCGCUUCAGAAGAAAGCAGUUCAGCCUGCGAUGAUGAAAGUUCAGGGUUACAAAUAGGGGAUCAUGUUGGAAUUUCUACUUUACAGAAAGGGUUGCAUAAGAGCCCUCAAAACAUUUUUGGAGGCAAAAGAUAUUUUCAGUUUUCAAACCAAAGAACAAAGCUUGAUAGUUCUUCUGAAAAUCUGAAUUCAAAAUCUCAGUUCCACGGCCUUGACUACUCUUUCUGUCCCAGUGAAACCAGCACUCCCGUGCUUCCAUCAAAUCACUCAACAAAGGUCUCGGACUCACCAACCUCAAAAGAUCUGGCAACCAACCUACCUUCUCCUAAACAACGGACUCCAAAUAUCUUGAGCAUGAGUAUAGCUAUGGCCAAGAAGCACCUAAGUCAACCUCAGAUGAGUUCCGACAGAAUGUUUGGUAAAAACAGGAAUGCGAUAAGCAUGGUAAAGCCGUACAGGCCCCAGGAGACAGACAUAGACUUGAUUGAUGAGCAGAACGAUAACGCUUCCCAGAGGAUGGAUACUGGCUACAAUGAAGGGUCAUUUUCAUGUGACCUGAGAGAAAACCAGGGAACAAAUCAUUCCAUGAUCAAUAUGUCAGAAAAGGCUAUGUAUGCCAAACCCCCAACUCCUCCACUGCAUCGAUUCCCUUCAUGGGAGAAUCGCAUCUAUACCAUUGCCAAAUCAGGCAUGAGAAUGUCAGAGGUCACAGAAGAUCCAGUUGUCAAAAUAAGUAACACAGUGACAUCACCGUCAACUUCAGGGAUCUACACAUCUCUCAUAUACAAGAAUCUGACUUCUCCAGUCUACACCACUCUGAAAGGGAAAGCUACUCAAUUAAGCUCCAGUCCGUUGGAGGAUUCAUCUGGAUCGGAGGAGGAGGAUAGCUCGCGAUCGAGCUCCCGGACCUCGGAAUCUGACUGUCGGAAUCAGAGCGACACCGGAAGCCCCCGCGCUUUAAAAAGAGGCAUCUCGUUCUCGUCCAUGACAUCAGACAGCGAUUAUGCGAUUCCUCCUGAUGCAUAUUCCAUCGACAGCGAAUUCUCAGAACCAGAACAGAAGCUUCCAAAAACCUGUUCCUCGUCAACUGAAAAUGGCAAAAAUGAGCUGCUUGAAAAAUCUGGAUAUUUGUUAAAAAUGGGAGGAAAAAUUAAAACCUGGAAGCGACGAUGGUUUGUACUCAAAGGUGGUGAAUUGCUGUACUACAAAUCGCCGAGUGAUGUAAUCCGAAAACCACAAGGACAGAUUGAAUUAAAUUCAUCCAGUCACAUAGUGAAAGGAGACGGAAAGCAAACAAUCCAGCUUGUCACAGAGAAGCGUACGUACUAUCUGACAGCAGAUUCCCCUAAUAUUCUGGACGAGUGGGUGCGAGUUCUGCAGAACGUGCUGCGGGUACAAGCGGCCAGCAUACUAUUCACACAACCGGAUGUUAAGGCGACCGUGAAGGGGCUGCUGACGAAGGUGAAGCACGGUUACUCCAAGAGAGUUUGGUGCACGUUGGUUGGAAAAACCUUGUAUUAUUUCCGCAGCCAGGAGGAGAAGUUUCCUCUGGGGCAAAUCAAAUUGUGGGAAUCCAAAGUGGAGGAAGUGGACAGAUCUUGUGACUCAGAUGAGGAUUAUGAGACCAGUGGACGGAGUUUGCUAUCAACGCAUUACACCAUUGUCAUCCACCCUAAAGAACUAGACCCAACCUACCUACUCAUUGGCUCCAAACACGAGAAAGAAACAUGGCAUUAUCACCUAACCAUGGCUGCGGGUAUGACUGGGGUGAAUGUCGGCACAGAAUACGAACAGCUUGUUUGCAAGCUGCUCAGUUUGGAUGGAGAGUCGUGUUCUCAGAUCUGGAGACAUCCAGCACUUUGUCACAGCAAGGAAGCCAUAACAUCUCCUCUAACGACGCUGCCAUCCGAAGCUCUGCAGACAGAGGCAAUCAAACUGUUUAAGACCUGCCAAUUAUUUCUCAACGCGGCGGUGGAUUCCCCGGCUAUCGAUUACCACGUCUCUCUGGCCCAGAGCGCCCUGCAGGUUUGCCUGACACAUCCAGAGCUGCAAAAUGAGAUCUACUGUCAGCUCAUUAAACAGACAAGACACCGGCAGCCACACAACCAGCCGAGCCCCAUCCAGGGCUGGCAGCUGCUGGCACUCUGCGUUGGCCUGUUCCUGCCCCAGCAUCCUUAUAUUUGGCUCCUGAAGCUGUUCCUGAAGAAACAUGCGGAUGCCAGGUCUGAAGCUGGGAAAUAUGCCAUUUAUUGUCAGAGAUGCGUGGAUAGGACCCAACAGAAUGGAGACCGUGAAGCUAAACCUUCGAGGAUGGAAAUCCUUUCAAUCCUUCUGAGAAAUCCUUACCACCACUCCCUGCCGUUCAGCAUCCCUGUGCACUUCAUGAACGGCACAUACCAGGUUGUUGGAUUUGAUGCCUCAACAAGGGUUGAAGAAUUCCUCUGUACCCUUAACCAAGACAUAGGCAUGAGACAUCCAGCAAACUCAGGCUUCGCUUUGUUUUCUGAUGAUCCAUCUGGAAAAGAUUUUGAACACUACCUACAAGGAGACAUCAAGGUAUGUGAUAUUAUCUCAAAGUGGGAGCAGGCAUCUAAAGAGCAGCACCCUGGCAAAUGCGACAGCACCCGAACUGUCCGCCUCACCUACAAGAACAGGCUAAGUUUUUCGAUGCAGGUGCGAGGGGAAACCGAGAGAGAAAAGCUACUGUUAAUGCACCAAACAAAUGAUAAAAUCGUUAAUGGCAUUUUUCCAGUAAAUAAGGAACUGGCGCUGGAACUGGCUGCUCUACUGGCCCAGGUAGAAAUUGGAGACUUUGAAAGGCCGUCCCUAGGUGGCCAACUCAAGUCAAAUCAGACACUGAAGCAAGCAUUGGAGAGAUUUUACCCCAAAAAAUACAGGGUUGAUUGCACAGACGAGCAGUUCAGACAGCUUCACCAGCAGCUGGCAACAAGAUGGAUGGCACUUAGAGGUCACAGCGGCUUAGACUGCGUCCGAAUUUACCUCACCGUGGCAAGAAAGUGGGCCUUCUUUGGGGCCACGCUGUUUCCAGCCAAACCUGUACCUCCAAUGCCUUUUGAAAGUUCCUCUGUGUGGCUUGCUGUCCAUGAAGAUGGAAUUAGCGUUUUGGAGUAUCACUCCAUGAGGCUGCUAUUCACUUACGUAUAUAGGAGUCUAAUGACCUUCGGAGGUCACCACGAUGAAUUUAUGCUGGUAGUUAACAACACGCAGACAAAGGAAAAACCAACUGAAAAACUCCUGUUUGCCAUGGCUAAACCCAAGAUAUUGGAAAUAACAUUGCUAAUUGCUAAUUACAUCAAUACAUUACAACAACAAAAGGUCUCUACCCAUCAUCUAUCAGCUCCCGCUUUUCUGUCUGCCCAAGGUGAAGAAUCUAAGAAUAAGCAAAUGGCCGGCCAGUCCAACCCAUCAAACAACAGGCCUACCAAGGGCCCUACUCUGCUUUAAGGACACCAGCUUGUGCGAAGUAUUACAGCAAUGUAUUUAUCUUGGUAGCUGCUCUUAUGUCUAAUACGACUCUUUUCCCAUGCAAACAUAGACCCCCCACCCUGAUCCACAAUUACAUGGGGGGGUUUGGAAUGGUGGUUUAGCGAAGGUAGUGAAAAUGACAUCAUAGCUCUGUGCGCAUAGACAGAGCAAAGAUCACUUCUACUUCACAGUAACGCACCAUGUUGCCAUCCUAGGUCUGCUUGGCCUCUGCUUAAAUUUGAUACUGGCUAUUUAAUAAGCUGUUAUCCAGUUAUACCUACUUUAUCAAUCAGGAGCCAUAAAACAAAGUAUGUUUGCAUGCAUUAUAGUUACACAGCAUAGUUUAUUUGUGUCUGUAUCUAGCUUGUAGGGGCUGCGUUCAAGAAAGGUUUUUGAGUAUUAGCCACCCUUUAACAAGUCAAAUAAAACAUUGUGACGCAUCUAAGCAGCGGAUAUUGGACAGAGCCACAAAACAUAUUAGUGUGGGCUUAUAACACCUCCUAAAGUGAAAUGAAGAUGUUGUUACUGAGGGGUGGGCAUUAAACACCGAAAAUAUCUCAUGACCUACUCUUUUAUGUAAAUUAGUAAAUCCUUAACAAUAAUAUAAAAAUUACUUUACAAAAGUCAAACUAUGUAGCAUUCUUAACUUUUAUUGUG